AAUUUUUAAAGAAGAAGGAAAGAAACAAAAUUAUCAUUUCGGGUUAGAUGGAGAAACCGGGUCAUGAAACGGAUAUUCCGGGUUCUAGACGAACGAAUCUCAAGAAAUCAUUCAAAUCCAGUCUUCGAUGUCUUCUCACUGCUUGCUCCAAACAGGAUUUUCUUGACAUUUUCUCGAAAUUCAGUGGAGCUGAGCAAGAAGUGCUUUUUCAGUUUUAUACUCAGGUUGUUGUGAAUUUGCAUCAGACAAUAGAGGAUGAGUUUGAUGAACAAUGUCACGAAGCUCAGGUUGGACCAAUUCUUGAUACAGUUGAGCAGCUUGUCCAAGAACAGAGUUUGGAUCCCUUAUUUUCAGAUAAGACGGAUGUUAUGGCAAUAGCAAAUGAUCUUACAACAGCGAAGAAGAACGAGAUACAAAAGUUAACAGGUUUGCUCCAAAGGGCUGAAGAACAGAAUCGCCAGAAGGAAGCCCGAAUCAGCCUGCUCAAAAAACAAACACAAGAUUUCUCAGGCACAACUGACAGAGUCGAAAAGCUGAAAGCUCGGUUCUCGGGCUACUUUGAAGGAAAGGACAAGCUACCUCCAAUAUAGGUUCAAGACAAUUGCAAGGAAAAAGUGUGUCAUUUUCAGUCCCUGCAUUUGUAUAUAGUUUAUUAGAGUCGUAACAAUCUAGUCAGAACUACUUAGCCUCAUGUGUAAACCACUGAGAAUCUGGAUUAAACCGGUUUUAUGCAUUAAGUUCCGGUUAACUGGCUCAAUUAA